UGCCACCUGUUCUCUCUUCGUCUCUGAUAUUCAACAAUAAAACAAAGAUAAAAUGAAUGACCACACAAGCUUUCUCUGCCAGUCCCACCACCCUCGAUGGCAAACACAGUCUUCUGCUGGAAAGAGACGACGGAAACAAUCCUCAUCGCAAAAAUCUGAAACCCCAGCGAGCCCAGUGUCCUCGUCCCCAGUGCUACGCAGCCACAGCUGGUGGGGAAACUGCUUUCUCCUUCCUCUAGUCAUGCUUUCAUACUUUCCCUGUGAAGCCUGGGGCACCACCUUCAAAAUUGCCAUUGUAGGACCGUGGGCAUGUGACCCCAUGUACUCUAAAGCCCUGCCAGAUCUGGCUGCCCGAUUAGCCAUGAGCCGCAUCAACAAAGACCCCGAACUCAAUAAAGGCUACUGGUAUGAUUACACAGUCAUUAACGAGGAUUGCUCCAGCUCCAGAGGCCUGGCACGCUUUGCCGAGCUGGAGGGUUACGGUUCGGCUUUUCUAGGACCGGCAAACCCUGGCUACUGCACGGCUGCCACACUGCUGGCAAAGAACUGGAACAAAGGCAUCCUAUCCUGGGGUUGCCUGAAGGCUGAGAUGGAUGAAGAGAUGUAUCCCACCUUUCUGCGGCCGCUGCCGUUGUCCUCCCGGGUGCUUUUCUCUGUGCUGCGGUUCUUCCGUUGGGCACAUGUUGGGAUUGUAACUGCUGAGGGCGACAUGUGGGAGGCAACUGGGCAUGAGCUUGCAGCAUCCCUGCGUGCUCUUGGCUUGCCCGUUGGUAAGGUUGUUACGAUGGAACAGGACAAAGAGGGGCCACGGCAAGCCCUACAGGCAAUACGGGACACAGAUCGAGUAAGGGUUGUCAUCAUGUGCAUGCACUCUGCCCUGAUUGGUGGAGAGGAACAGUAUCAGUUGCUGACUACAGCAUUGGAAAUGAGAAUGAUUGACCGAGGGUACAUCUUCAUUCCAUACGACACCCUGCUCUAUUCACUGCCAUAUGAAAAUGUAAAAUAUCCAAUCCUGGCCAAUGACAGCAAACUGCGACGAGCAUACGAUGGGGUCUUAACAGUAACCAUGGACCAAGGGGAACAAAACUUUUAUGAGGCCUUUAAUGCAGCACAGGAAUCCUUUGAAAUCCGCGGCAGCACAUCAGCUGAAGAGGUUUCUCCAUUUUUUGGGACCAUAUAUAACAUGAUCUAUUAUACAGCCAUGGCUGCAGAGCAAAGCCGAGCUUCGAGUGGUGGGCGAUGGGUAUCGGGCGAUUUACUGUCUCAAAACGAGGGUGGAUUUGAAUUUGAUGGCUUUAACCAGCGGAUAUCGGGAGGUACUAACGGAGAGGGAAUGCAGGUCCGCUAUGCUGUCCUGGAUUCAGACGGCUCUGGGUCCAGCCUGUAUCGCACACACGCCCUGGAAGCUUCACACACAUAUGGAAAAUAUGGAGGGUUAAAAUACUUGGGGAAGUCAAUUCAUUUUGCUGGAGCGUCUCCGAGCAGUGACGCGAACUGCUGGUUUAGUCCUUAUAUCGCAUGUAGUGGAGGAUUGGAUGGAGUGACGCUUUUCUUCUUGCUCAUGUUUUUCAUAGUGUUGAUAGCGGGUGCAGGCAUCCUUUUUCUACAAGUUAGAAAAUAUGGGGCUGGAGGUUUUUUUGGUGCGUUUAUUGGAGGAGGAGGAAGCCCCACUAAGAUAGUGCUGACGCUGGAUGACUUGGUCUUCAUCAACACCACACUCAGCAGAAGGAAACUGAAUGACGAGAGUAUGCUGAAGAGUCAGCUAGAUGUUAAAACCCCGCGCCACUCAGUCUCUGGUCGCAGUUACAUCACAUCAACCCCAGAAACAUCCAAUGUUGCUGUAUUUGAGGGUGACUGGGUCUGGUUAAAGAAAUGCCCCUGUGCAGAUUCUAUUACAGAGAUCAGUGAAAGCACACAGACCAUCUUUGUCAAGCUGAGAGAUAUGCGUCAUGAGAAUCUGAACUUGUUCCUGGGUCUGUUUAUGGAUACUGGUAUAUUCGGCAUUGUUACAGAGCACUGCACCAGAGGCAGUCUGGAAGACCUGCUCAACAAUGAGGAAAUGAGGCUUGACUGGAUGUUCAAAUCCUCUCUUCUCCUCGACCUGAUUAGGGGAAUGAAGUACUUGCAUAAUCGGGGCAUUAUUCAUGGACGCCUGAAGUCUCGGAACUGUGUGGUGGAUGGUCGAUUUGUUUUGAAGGUUACAGAUUAUGGCUUCAAUGAAAUCCUCAACUGCCAAAACAUCAUCCUGGAGGACAACGCACCAGAGGAUCAGUUCUGGACAGCUCCGGAGAUCCUGAGGAAUCCUGAUCUGAAGAAGAAGGGAACAUAUCCAGGAGAUGUAUACAGCUUUUCUAUCAUCAUGCAGGAGGUGAUCUCUCGCUGCGCACCCUUCUGCAUGUUGGAUAUGCCUCCUGAAGAAAUCAUAGAAAAGGUGCGCUCUCCUCCACCACUGUGCCGACCCACUGUGUCUAUGGAUGAAGCUCCGCUAGAUGUGAUUCAGCUCAUGAAGCAGGCCUGGAGUGAGGAGCCUGAACAGAGGCCUACGUUUGAGGAUAUAUUCAGACAGUUUAAGAGCAUGAACAAAGGAAAGAAGACUAACAUAAUAGACUCAAUGUUGAGGAUGCUGGAGCAGUACUCCUCAAACCUGGAGGAUCUGAUCCGAGAGAGGACCGAAGAACUGGAGGUAGAGCGACAGAAAACUGAUGCUCUUCUAGCCCAGAUGCUGCCCAAGUCGGUGGCCUUGGCAUUAAAAACAGGGAAGCCAGUGAAGCCAGAGCAUUUCGCUGAAGUCACACUGUAUUUCAGUGAUAUCGUGGGUUUCACCACCAUCUCUGCCCUCAGUGAACCCAUCGAAGUGGUCGAUCUGCUUAAUGACCUCUACACACACUUUGAUGGAAUCAUCGCUAUCCACGAUGUCUAUAAGGUGGAGACUAUUGGUGAUGCGUACAUGGUGGCAUCAGGAGUUCCCAAUCGCAAUGGUACCCGCCACGCUGCAGAGAUGGCCAACAUGUCCCUGGACAUUCUCCACUGCAUCGGUACAUUUAAAAUGAGGCACAUGCCUGACGUCAAAGUCAAAAUUCGCAUUGGACUACAUUCUGGUCCAGUGGUCGCAGGUGUAGUUGGCUUAAAGAUGCCUCGAUACUGUCUGUUCGGGGACACAGUAAACACAGCCUCCCGAAUGGAAUCCACAGGGUUGCCUUACAGAAUUCAUGUCAACCAGAGUACAGUUGAUGUCCUAAACAGUCUCAAACUUGGCUACAAAAUAGAUACUCGGGGCAGGACCGAGCUCAAGGGUAAAGGUGUAGAAGAAACAUUUUGGUUGGUUGGGAGGGAUGGAUUUGACAAGCCGUUACCUAUACCGCCAGACCUUACUCCUGGGGCGAGCAACCAUGGUAUCAGCUUGGAUGAGAUCCCGACUGAUAGGCGACAGAAAUUCUUGGAUCGACAGAAGAGGAUGGGCAAUUGAGGUUGUGAUGCUCAUGUUUCUGCACCAGCCUAUCGAGUUAGGAGAAAGUGGGGCAAGGGGAUGAAAAGGGUGAAUUGAGGUGUUCAAAAACCCCUCGGCUACCCUUUUUCUACUUAAAUACAUUCCCGAAAAAGAAUGGAAAGCCCCACUAGGACAUCUGACAAGAACACAAACAUAUGAACUCUGAACGCCAGCCUGUCAAACCCACCGGCUCAACAAGACGCCAUGUACCAACUGCUAUGGAUGGAUACAGAGGACUCUUUGACAUUUGUAAAGAGUUUAUAAUGCAGGUUUAUUCCACUAAAUUAAAGACACUGCUGAGAUAAUCGCUCAUCGAGAGAGAGAAUGAGAACAGCAGCACACGGCUGAUUCAUCUCUGCAGUUCUACGAAGAUAUGUUUUCUAAAUUACUUUGUUGUUUAUAAAA